GCCUCCCGACCUCAACCUUACAGCCGCUCAGUGAGCGCCGAGGAUCCGCAGCGGUUGGUGCUCUGCGCCGGAGACACGGAGCCUUUUCCCCGCAGAGAGAUCUAAGAAUCCGGCUCGGAACCACCGACCCGCAUCCAGACCCGCUGCCGCUGCCGCCGCCGCUGCUGCGGGAUUCUUUACAGAUCUCUGAUCAUAAAUCAUCGUUUGACGCGGCCAAAAGGAAGAUGGACACCAUGGCGUGGAGCGGGAUGGUGGCACUCAUCCUGCUGUGUGAUCUGACCAAGGUUUUCGUGAAGGCGAGCCUGGAGUUGAACGAAACCCACCAGCAGCAGCAUCCGAUCAACGUCUACCACGAGAUCAAACUCACCAGGAACAAGAUCAUCACGGCACAGUUCGAGUGCUAUCAGAAGAUAAUGAAAGACGAGCCCGAGGAACGGCAAGAGCCCAUGUGUAAUCGCACUUGGGACGGCUGGCUGUGUUGGGACGACACCGACGCCGGUGUGAACUCGGAGCAGCACUGCCCCGACUACUUCCAGGAUUUUGAUCCUUCAGAGAUCGUCACAAAGAUCUGCACCGACAGCGGUCAUUGGUUCCUGCAUCCGGAGAGCAACCGGACGUGGACCAACUUCACACGCUGCAACGAGCACACCAACGAAGGCAGAAUGACCGCAAUGAAUCUUUUCUACUUAGCCCUCAUAGGACACGGCCUGUCGCUGACCUCCCUCUUCGUCUCCCUCGGGAUAUUCUUCCAUUUCAAGAGUUUGAGUUGCCAGAGGAUCACGCUUCAUAAAAACCUCUUCUUCUCCUUCAUCCUGAACUCUGUGGUCACCAUCGUUUGGUUGACGGCGGUGGCAAACAACCAGGAGCUGGUCCAGAGGAAUCCAACCAGCUGUAAAGUGUCCCAGUUCAUUCAUCUCUACCUGUUUGGUUGCAAUUACUUCUGGAUGCUGUGUGAGGGAAUCUACCUGCACACUCUCAUCGUGGUGGCGGUGUUUGCCGAGAAGCAGCACCUGAUGUGGUACUACAUGUUAGGCUGGGGUUUUCCUCUCAUUCCAGCUAUCAUGCAUGCCGUUGCUCGGAGCUACUACUACAACGACAACUGUUGGAUCAGCUCCAAAACGUCGCUGCUCUACAUCAUACACGGCCCCAUCUGCGCUGCUCUGUUGGUCAACCUGUUCUUUCUGCUGAACAUUGUGCGAGUGCUCAUCACCAAACUGAAGGUCACCCACCAAACGGAGUCCAGCCUCUACAUGAAAGCCGUGAGGGCCACGCUCAUCCUGGUGCCUCUCCUGGGGAUCCAGUACGUCCUGCUGCCCUACAAGCCGGAGGGACGGGUGUCCUCUGAGAUCUACGACUACAUUAUGCACAUCCUGAUGCAUUACCAGGGUCUGCUGGUGGCCACCAUAUUCUGCUUUUUCAACGGAGAAGUCCAAGCGCUUCUGAGGAGGCACUGGAACCAGUAUCACAUACAGUUCGGAAGCAGCGUCGGAAACCACUCGGACGCCCUGCGCUCCGCCUCCUACACGGCGACCUCCAUCACGGAGGUGCAGGGUUGCUACAGCAUUGACAGCCACACGGAACACAUGAACGGCAAGGGCUGCCACGAGGCCGACGCCGCCAUCUUAAAGUCCGACAGUCCUUUCGCCUGACCCCAGUGCCCCUCCCCCGUCGCCCCCAUUCCCCCCCUUUUUUAAACUGCAGCAUGUUUGGGGCGCGGUGUCAAACAGGGGAAACUCGCCCCUUCUUUUAGAGACAAUGGCGGAAGCAAUGAGCGAGGAAAUGGAUUGUGUACCCGGGCUCUCAACCGCCUGAAGGAAACCGCCACCUCUCGAACCUUUCAACGGUACCGUACGGUGAGCUCGAUGCAAAUAUUCCUGCGCUGCAUUUCAACCACAAUUUAACACCGAACUGCUUCACAUGACCUAAGAUGCCAUUCUGAUAAUCACAGUGUUGUUGCAAAUCGUUCUGCCUAAAAGUAAUUGUUUUAAAUGAAUGAAUAUUACCUUAUUAACUAUCCUUUUAAAAAUCAUAUUGUGCGCACACAAAAAAAGCCUUUGGUUCCACUGUAAAUUUCUUUUUUUAAAUGGUAAGUGCCAAACCAAGAAAUCCCUGCUUGAUUCAUUUAUUUUCAUUGUUUGUAUUCAAAACUGAAUUAGAACGAAGAUAAGACGUCUAACAGGUGUUUAAUAAUAUAUGACAGCUAUAUUAUACCUUUCACGUGUUAAACAUAAUUUAUCUGAACGUAUAAUUGUUUAUUGAAUGGAAAAAGGAAUAAAUACCAUACAGUAUUUAUUGAAGUUGACAUGCUACAUGUUUUUUCAAAAUGUGUCAAAUACGACUCGCUGCCAGCUUCAUGUGAAAGUGCGAUGUAUUUCUUGUCUGUUUCGUUGUAUGUUUCUACGUGUGCAGUUAAUGCAGAUGAUUUACGUAAUCAUACCGUUAGCUUGCGAGCUUAAUUUUUUAGAAAUGUUAUCAUGCUCAUGUUUCAGCUUGGUUAAGUGAUCCUUGAUGACCUGUGCAUCCUGUAAACCACAUGAUAGGUUGUAAUUUAACUUGUUGACACAAUAUUAAUCACUGGCAAAGCCAUCUUUAAAUCACAUGUACUCCAAUAUCCAACCAUAACACUUGAAUGUAACAGUGAAGUUAGAAGACUUGGCACUCAACAGACACGUAUCACAUUCCCCUUCACUGCUCUCUUUAGCCUUACUCCUCUGAGAUUCUUUUGAUAUAACCACUCGAUAAGCAUUACCAUGUGUUCAGACCGAAAACAGAACCGCGUUCAAAAUGCAGGUAAUGGAAUAUGAUCCAGGAAUUCCAGUUUGAGUUAUACACACAUGAAUUUUAAAAGGAUGCGUUUGGAUUUUCCAGGUAAUUUUUAAUACAAUAUCCAUAUACUAUCUAAAAGGUUAUUGGUUGCUUAAUUAAUUCCCUCCGUCAGUCAUUGGGAGCAGAAAAAACUGGAAAAGAAGUUCAGCCGAUGCUAAUGGUGUUAAUCAAAUCAAGUGAGUUGGUUCCUGCCAGCUGCUUGCUAAUCAAAGACUUUUCGAAUGUAUCUUUCAAUGUACAGCCAAAGGAGCAAUCGGUGCACAAGCCCCUACGGAGUUUAGGCAACAAAACUACUUGGUAAGGUUGAAAACAUCUGGGUUUGGGUUCAAAUAACUACAGAAGAGGGGUCACUUAAUUACGGAAGUCACGUGAUACGAUAACUUUGGAAGUAACCUUACCUAGUACUAACGUUACGUGACAAAUAUAACACCGUUUGGGCUAAAAUAACUUUGGAAGUAAUGUUAUCUAGUGCGAACGUUACGAUAACUUUGGGAGUAACGUUAUCUAGUGUGGACGUUACGAUAACUUUGAAAGUAACCUUAGCUAGUACUAACGUUACCUAGAACUAAUGUUACGUGACAAAUCAGACACCGUUUGGGCUAAAAUAACUUUGGAAGUAACGUCACCUAGUACUAAUAAAAUGAAUUGAAUUGAAUAGUACGGACGUUACGUGACUUAUAAGACACCGUUUGGGCUGAAAUAACUUUGAAAGUAACGUUACCUAGUGCGGCCGUUACAAAUAAGACACCGUUUGGGCUAAAAAUAACGUUACCUAGUACUGACGCUACCCACGCAAACUGAAGAUUAAACCACCUGUACUGGCUCACAGUACAAAUUGAUGAGGUGCAUUACUUUUUACUGUAUGACAGCCGCCGUGCGUAUUGUGUCUUUUUUUUACAGCGCUAAUGUCAGUCUGAACACACACCUUAUUCGGAGGUGAUGAUUUUAUCGAGUCUCACAAGAAACUGCAAAAAAAAUUAAAAUUGUUCAGCAAAAAACAUUCUUUGUAAAGCAUUAAGCUGAAGCCGGCUGUGUGUAAUCUGAUGUAAUAUUUGUAUUGUAAUAGCGUGUCUGAGAAGAGGGGAAGUAUGAACAUAUAUGUGUGUGUGUAUGCAUGAUUUAUAUAUACAGUAUUUACGAGUACCUUAUACUCUGACGCAUAUUCAACCACGAGUGGAAGUUUUCCACAUUUCUUUAUUUUUUAAUGUUCCAAUCAGAAAGUCACAGGAGUCUAUUCUCAGCAACAGGUGUCUUUAUCACACGUACAGUAUUUUUUUAAUGUCAUAUCCGCGGGACAGUUUCUCCGUUUAAUCUUAAAGACGGAUAUCGUGUAUUGCUCCGAUUUUCAAGCAAGCAAUUUGUGUACAUUGAAGUCUUCAUAAAGUCAUUUGUUGUGAAGCGAUGCAUCGUAAUUUUUUUAUGAAUCUUCAAAUUCAUCACACCUAUGGAAAAAGCCGGUGGCUUCUGGCAAAUGCAUUAAAUCAUUUGUGUUGUUU